GAUUCCGACACCCCUUCUUUCCCCCGACACAAAACGCCUCCAUCCCCAGGUGGGUCCACGACCCCCCGACACUCCGUCCUGCUCAGACCCUCCCUGGGGAGAAAUGAAUAUACCUGGAAGUGCCGCCCGUCAGCACUCGGCCCACGCGGCCUCGGCCGUGCCAGCCUGGUCGUCCCUGUGCUUCUCGCUCCUGGGCCUGCUGACCUUGGCGACGGGCGGCUGCGUCUUCUUCCUCCACUGGAGGAAGAAAGUGCGGCGGGAGGCGAGGGCCCGGGCCUGGGCGGCGACCAUGCGGGUGGCCACCCUCUCCUACAGCCCGCUCGUGUACUGGAUCAACAAGAGGCAGCGCUACGGGCUGGACGCCAGGCUCGGCGCCCAGCGGCACGGCGGGGGCGGCCGGGCCCGGGGCCCUCGGGAGGGGAGGAGCCCGGCCCCCCGGCCCAGCGCCCCCCACGUGGCACCCCCGUUCACGCCCAUCUUCGAGGAGAUCCCGUCUGCCCCGUCGCUCUGCACCCUCCCUUCCGUGGUGGACCACUCCGUGUCCUUCCCCAUGGACGCCGUCGGCCCCGACAAGGACCCCUGCUUCCAUUCGCUCCCCAACCUGGCUCGGGGGGACUGGCAUCCGCCCCCGUGAAGCCCCUCCGGGAGGGGAUGGGGGCAGGGGCGUGGACUUUGGAGGCAGGUGCUGGGCUGAAAAAUAAAGCCUCCAUCUCCGGC